UCAUCGAGAACCCCAUCGAGAACCCCAUCGAGAACCCCAUCGAGAACCUCAUCGAGAACCUCAUCGAGAACCUCAUCGAGAACCUCAUCGAGAACCUCAUCGAGAACCUCAUCGAGAACCCCAUCGAGAACCCCGUCGUCACUUCUUCUCUUCUACAUCUACUCUGAAUGCGACUGCCUCACCACUGCAAAUAAGCAUCAAGAGGAUCAGAUCGCGGACGAAGGCCGAAGAUAAAUAACUGAGUGUCGCAAAGUCCCGAGAGCAAAUCGCGGUUUUCGUCUGUGGCGUCAACCAUCCCCUAUUUCGCCCUCGCGACCAGUUUUGUUCUAAUCGUCGCGCUGCUUUGGCAGCACCAAUACCGCCAAAAUGGGUUCCGGAGACUUGAAUAUGAAAAAGAGUUGGCACCCCCAACGUUCGGGGAAUGUCGCCGCAACACAGAAGGCCGAGGCCGAAGCGAUUGCGGAACGAAAAAAGCUGCAGCAGCGCCUCCAGGAAAUCGAGGAAGAAAGACGCAAAGAGGAAAUCCAAAAAGCGCUCGAGGCCGCAGGCGGCAAGCGCAGGGUGGAGCGGGUGGAAUGGAUGUAUUCUGGCCCAACCGACGGUCAAGCUGGCGAUGCGGCCGAGAACGAAGCUUACCUCCUCGGCAAGAGGCGCAUCGACAAGCUACUUCAGGACAACGAAGUUAAGAAACUACAGAAGCAGCCGAGCCAAGACCUCCUUGCCGCGGCGCCGACCGCGGCCGUCACAAAUUCUCGGGAUAUAGCUUCAAAAAUUAGGGAGGACCCGUUACUGGCCAUCAAGAGGCAGGAGCAGCAAGCAUACGAGGCUAUGAUGAACGACCCCAUCAAGAGGCGGCAGCUCCUCGCAUCAAUGGGUAUCGAUGACAAUCAAGACAAGGCAAAGCACAAGGAGGAGAGACGUCAUAAACAUAGGCAUUCCCACCAUCGAUCACAUCGGCAUCAUGGUGACGACCGCGACGACGAGAGGCGAGGCCGCCGGCGCAGGUCAUACUCCAGAGAUAGAUCAAAAAGCCCAAGGAGAUACGACUCGGAAGAUGAGCAAGAUCGGCGGAAGUGGAGGAGAGGUUCAAGGGACCGGAGACGGGAUAGGUCGGAGUCGUCGGAUUCGUUGGAUAGGCGAGAUAGGCGGAACGGCCAUGGUCGGCGGAGCAGUCGCCGCAGACGGGACAGCCGAGAAAGAAGGAACAGCCGUGACAGAUGGGCUAGGCCAGACGACGGUCGGGCAGACCGGCCCCGAGAAAGGGAUGGACGAUCUAGACGGGAUUCACGAUCCUCAUCCCCGCCCUUACGCAAGAAGGAUCGCUCUCCAAACCGUGAUGGCAAACGUGCAAGAGACCAGUCAACCGAACGUGAUGGCCCGCCACGGGGAUCCACUGAAAGGCCAAAUGGGCACCGAGUUGGCGGUGAUCGCUCUUAUCAUCCCAAAGGAGCCCGCGGACGGGACCUAGAUCGCAAUCAGGACCAUGCUGGUCCUAGCAGACGUGAUGAGAGGCGGCCCAGCAAUGGGGAGUCAGAUAUGGACAAGGCCGAGCAAGAGCGCGCUCGCAAGCUUGCUGCAAUGCAAGAGGCUGCUACGGAUCUUGACCAGGACCGUCAGCGCCGGCUUGCUGCCAUAGAAGAGCGAGAGCGGGCAGCGCAGGAAUCGGACGCCCGAGUGCGCGAGCGCAACAAGCGCUUUGGUGGUGAUGCGGGCUUCAUGAAUCAACUGCAUAGCAGGGCCGCCGAGUUGAAGGUUGCGGAUCGUGUGGGGAGGAGGUGAGAAUUCUGAUGCCACGAAUGCACGUCGUGACGAGAAAUUUGUCUUGGAAUCAGAGGAAGCGUCUUAAUACCCUGGAGCAACUCUGUAAUAGUCCUGCAUGCAUGGAGGACAGGAGGACACAGUAGCUGGUUGGUUCAAUACACCUAGUUCGUGCAGGCAUUUCUGGCACUCAAUGCCGAGCUAGUGGACGGUAGACCCCCAGUGUUCUGGGACGAACGGAUCUGCAGGAUCGUUGAGGGCUAGCAAAUCAAGGAGACCCCGUGGAACGCGAAGUUUGGCGCGGCGGUCAUUUGCAGGGUACGAUCCGUUAUGUAUGUACACUUCGAGGGUGCCCAAGGUAUCUGUACAUACUUUCGUGUGCGUCCUCCUUGGCCAGCUUCAACCCGUGAAGGGAUCUUAGGUGUUGGAUGGUUCCAUGACUGCUCAUUAGGUGUAGGUAGAACCACACUCGUUGCG